GGAUCCAAGGAUGUCUGUCUUCAGGUUCUCCGCUCUCGCUCUGCUGCUGCUGUCUGCCUGCUGCUGGGCCGACACUGAGGCCGAGAAGGAAUCAGACGGGCUUUCUGUGUCUGAAAUUCUGGAGAGGGCCAACACAAAUCUGGUUCGCUCCGACAAUGGGCCCAUCCUGACUGAGCUGGACAUCGCCAUCGACAACGAGGCAGAGAGAAACGCCGACCCCUGCACCAGCCGUGGCUGCAAGUGGUUAAAGAACAGUGAUGGAAAGGUCUACGUUCCUUAUUACAUCACCAACCAAUUCUCCUCCCGCGAGAAGGCCAUCAUCACCCGUGGACUGGAGUCCUUCUCCUCUUUCUCCUGCAUCCGCUUCAGACCCUCCCAUAGCAACGACCACGAAGGGCUGCAGAUCGAGUCCCAGAAUGGCUGCUGGUCCUACGUCGGCCGUCGUGGUGGAAAGCAGGUGGUGUCUCUGGCCCGCAGCGGAUGUCUUUACCACAACACCGUCCAGCACGAGCUGCUCCACGCUCUGGGCUUCAACCACGAGCAGACCCGCUCCGACAGAGACAAGCACAUCAGAGUCCUGCUGCAGAACGUCGUGUCUGGCAUGGAGCACAACUUCAACAAGAUUGCCACUCUGAACCAGGGCACCCCCUACGACUACAACUCUGUCAUGCAGUACUUCAGGACCGCCUUCUCCAAGAAUGGCCAGCCCACAAUGAUCCCCAUCCCUGAUGCCAACGUGUCUUUUGGCAACGCUAGGGAGAUGAGCCGCAAUGACAUCUCCAGGCUCAACACUCUGUACCAGUGCUAGGAAGCUGUGUGCUGAUAGAUGAUCAGAGUCAACAACAGAAGCAUCAGCUUCACUCAACCAUCAUACAAUAAAGUUAUUUUACUGAGAUGAAA